AUGCAAAUACAUUGCAAUCAACCGCUACUUGCAGUAGCUUUUACAGGAGCUCCUGUAAUCAUUUGUGGAGAGGGUGUCAUGGGGAUUGUACUGAAACACCCGUUCAAUGGAAGAAUCUUUGCCAGCCAUCGGGAAAAGGAUCCUGAAUGUUUACAAUAUGUCACGAAGAGUUGUUAUCUCAUCGGCGAUGCGACUGCAUCUUCGGAGUUUAGUUGGUUCUCUGUUGCUGGGCCUACGAUUACUGAACGAGAGGACAAAUAUACGAUCUCACCUGCUUCAUAUGCGCUCGCGGGGGAAUCCAUCGAAAGAAACUUCGUCGCCACACCAGUGAGGAAUAAUUCUAUGUUACCCAAGUGCCACUACUCACUUCGACUGAAUGCCCUCGAUGGACCACGAAUCCAGUCGGCAGUUAUUGGAGAGCUGGUUAUUGCUGCCGUCCAGAUCUUUACAAUUUUAUUUACUCGUACUAACAACUGA